AUGUUGUUGAGGGAUAGUGAAGAGCUCGGAAAGUAACUUUUAAGGAUGCCUGAGCCGGCGAAAUCUGCUCCAGCACCGAAGAAGGGCUCCAAGAAAGCCGUCACUAAGACACAGAAAAAGGGAGACAAGAAGCGAAAGAGAGCAAGGAAGGAGAGCUACUCCAUCUACGUGUACAAAGUGCUGAAGCAGGUGCACCCCGACACGGGCAUCUCGUCCAAAGCCAUGAGUAUCAUGAACUCCUUCGUCAACGACAUCUUCGAGCGCAUCGCCGGCGAGGCGUCGCGCCUGGCGCACUACAACAAGCGCUCCACCAUCACCUCGCGGGAGAUCCAGACGGCCGUGCGGCUGCUGCUGCCCGGCGAGCUGGCCAAGCACGCUGUCUCCGAGGGCACCAAGGCUGUCACCAAGUACACCAGCUCCAAAUGAAGCAAAUAUAAACUAUAACCCAAAGGCUCUUUUAAGA